UCACUGAUGUUUGCUGUGUGACUGUAAACAAGCAGAAAGGAGGAAUAAGGGCACAGACAAAGGAAGAGGGAGGAAGGGACUCUUAUGUCCGUGCUUGGAUGCUGGGAACUUCCAAAACCCAGGGAACUUAUUCCAUCCCUCCUUCAAGCUGAAGACAUCUAGAGCAGGUCUGGAGUUUGUCCAUGAUGCAAUCCUAUCUCACACUGUUGCUGGCGCUUGUGGCCUCUGCAGCUUCAGUGGAAUGGAAGCCGAUAAUCAAAGUCAAUUCCAAGGUGGUGACGGGCCCCGAGGUGGUGGUUAAGGCUGGGAGGCCUUUGGAUCUGAGGUGUGAAGGCAACAGACCUGUAAACUGGCAACCCAGGCUGCCCAAACACAGGCGUUAUGUAUCCAGGGGCAACGGGAACGUCCGCAUCUUCAAGGUGGAACGCUCCUCGGCAGAAUUCACUGGAACGUACAAGUGCUUCUACACUGCUAAUCCCAAUUUCAAUAAUCUGACCUCCUCACUGCAUGUGUAUGUGAAAGACCUACAGCGAGUGUUUUGGACAAGCAGCACAUCUCUGCGUGUGGUGAUUAAGGAGGGUGAGAAGUUCCUACUGCCCUGCCUGCUGACAGACCCCUCAGCCACCGAUCUGGGCCUCCGCAUGGACAACGGCACCACUGUGCCACCCGGAAUGAACUUCACUGUGGACAGGCAUCGUGGCAUCCUCAUCCACAGCCUCCACCCGAGCUUCAACGCUGACUACGUCUGCACUGCCAUGGUUAAUGGGGCGGAACGGACCUCCAAGGCCUUUUCCAUCAACGUCAUUCAGAAGCUUCGCUUCCCUCCAUAUGUCUUCUUGGAGACAGAUGAAUAUGUACGGAUAGUUGGGGAAGAAAUUAAGAUUCGCUGCACAACACACAAUCCAAACUUCAACUACAACGUCACAUGGAAAUACAUCACCAAAUCGAACCCAACAGUAGAAGAGACAGUUCGCUCAAAUGGAGAAAAUCGUCUAGACAUCCAGAGCAUCCUGACAAUCUCUGCUGUGGACCAUGCAGACACUGGAAACAUCUCCUGCAUUGGAACUAACGAAGCCGGAGUGAACAGUACAACUACAUACCUGCUGGUUGUGGAUAAGCCCUACAUCAGGCUGCUGCCCCAGCUAUCACCAAAACUGACCCUCAAGGGUCUUUCUAUUGUGGUGAAAGAGGGAGAAGACCUGGAGCUCAGCUUGCUCAUUGAAGCCUACCCUCAUAUAACAGAGCAUGGAUGGCUGACUCCGACACCGCCCAACACAUCUACACAGGAGCACAAGUUCAUCCGAUACAACAACAGAUACCUCGCAACUCUGCAGGUGAAGAGAAUGAACAUACAGGAGCAAGGACAAUAUACUUUCCAUGCAAAGAGUGACUUGACCGAUGCAUCCAUCUCAUUUCAAGUCCAAAUGUAUCAGAGACCUAAUGCAGUGGUCAGAUGGGAAAAUAUAACUACUUUGACUUGUACCUCGUUUGGCUAUCCGGCUCCGAGGAUCAUCUGGUAUCAGUGUCUGGGGAUACGACCCACGUGUAAUGAAAAUACAUCAGGGUUGCAGCUGGCCAUCCCUCUCCAGGCUCCCACAGUGGAAGUCCAGAGGGAAGAGUACGGAGCUGUGGAGGUGGAGAGUGUCCUCACGGUUGGACCGUCCAGCCAGAGGAUGACGGUGGAGUGUGUAGCCUUCAACCUUGUUGGUGUGAGCAGAGACACACUUGCCAUAGAAGUGUCUGACAAGCUCUUUACGACAACCCUGAGUGGAGCUGCAGGAAUUCUAGCAAUCCUCCUGGUGCUGUUGGCCAUCCUGCUAUACAAAUACAAGCAGAAACCCCGCUACGAAAUCCGUUGGAAGAUCAUAGAAGCAAGGGAUGGCAACAAUUACACUUUCAUCGACCCCACACAGCUGCCAUACAACGAGAAAUGGGAGUUUCCAAGAGACAAGCUAAAACUAGGAAAGAUUUUGGGUGCGGGUGCAUUUGGAAAAGUUGUUGAAGCAACGGCUUACGGUCUGGGGAAGGAGGACAAUGUCAUGCGUGUGGCUGUGAAAAUGUUAAAAGCCAGCGCCCAUUCAGAUGAGAGGGAGGCUCUGAUGUCUGAGCUGAAGAUCCUAAGUCACCUGGGGCAUCACAAACACAUAGUCAAUCUGCUUGGGGCCUGCACUUAUGGAGGACCAGUGCUUGUGAUCACUGAGUACUGCAGCCUCGGUGACCUACUGAACUUCCUUCGCCAGAAAGCAGAAACUUUUGUAAACUUCGUCAUGAAUAUUCCCGAGAUCGACGAGAGCUCGAAUGAUUAUAAAAACAUUUGCAUUCAGAAGCAGUUUGUCAGAAGUGACAGCGGGAUCUCAAGCUUCGCCUCAAGCAGCUACUUGGAGAUGAGACCCAGUCAGCUGCCAAAUACAGAACAAUCUCGAGAAUCGGACUGCGAGGAGACUGGUGACUGGCCACUGGACAUUGACGACCUGCUGAGAUUCUCCCUUCAAGUCGCGCAGGGCCUUGACUUUCUUGCUGCUAAAAAUUGUAUCCACAGAGACGUUGCUGCCAGGAACGUCCUCCUGACCAGCCGCAGAGAGGCAAAGAUUUGUGACUUUGGCUUGGCCCGAGACAUCAUGAAUGACUCCAACUAUGUUGUGAAGGGCAACGCCCGCCUGCCUGUGAAGUGGAUGGCCCCAGAGAGCAUCUUUGACUGUGUCUACACUGUGCAGAGUGACGUCUGGUCCUACGGCAUCCUCUUAUGGGAGAUCUUCUCUUUAGGCCAGAGUCCAUAUCCCAGCAUGGCUGUGGACACCAGGUUCUACAAGAUGGUGAAGCGCGGCUAUCAGAUGUCCCAGCCUGACUUUGCUCCACUAGAAAUGUACGCCAUCAUGAAAAUGUGCUGGAAUCUGGAACCCACAAAGCGUCCAACCUUUAGCAAAAUCAGACAAAUGAUAGAAAAGCUACUGGGGGGCCAUCUCGAGGAGGAGCAGGUAAUCUACCAGAAUAUGCAGCAGGAGGUCACAGAGGCUGAUGCAUAUGACAAGCCUAAGUGCCAUGAUGGCCCCUGUGACCAGUCUUGUGACCACGAAGAAGAGGAGCAGCCUCUGAUGAAGACAAACAACUAUCAGUUUUGUUGAAAGAGUCCCAAACAAUACAUUUGUAAAGAAAA